AUGGCUUCAAUCGCUAAUAAAAAUGACGCGUUAAGCUGUUUCCUUCCUAUUCCUUUCAUCGUGUAUAUUCUUAUCUAUCUCAUUCUAUUCCCUAUUCCUAUCUAUCUAUCUAUCUAUCUAUCUAUCUAUCCUAUCUAUCAUAUCUAUCUCAGUCAUUUUCCAAUCUAUCUAUCUAUCUAUCCAUCUAUCCAUCCAUCUAUCAUCUAUCUAUCUAUCUAUCUCAGUCCCAUCCAAUCCAUCAUGGUCUCCAUCCAUUCAUCUAUCCAUCCAUCUAUCUAUCUAUCUAUCCAUCUAUCUAUCUAUCUAUCUCAGUCUGUUCCCCAUCAUAUCUAUCUAUCUAUCUAUCUAUCUAUCUAUCUAUCUAUCUAUCUAUCUAUCUCAGUCUGUUCCUAUCCAUCUAUCUAUCUAUAUCAGUCUGUUCCAUCAUCUAUCUAUCUAUCUCAGUCUGUUCCAAUCUAUCUUGGUCUGUUCCUAUCUAUCUAUCUAUCAUCUAUCUAUCUAUCUAUCUAUCUCAGUCUGUUCCUAUCUAUUCAUCUAUCUAUCUAUCUAUCUAUCUAUCUAUCAUCUAUCUAUCUAUCUAUCUAUCUAUCUCAGUCUGUUUCUAUUCUAUCAUCUAUCUAUCUAUCUAUCUAUCUAUCUAUCUAUCUAUCUCAGUCUGUUCCAUUCUAUCUAUCUAUCUAUUCAUCUAUCUAUCUAUCUAUCUAUCUAUCUAUCUGUUUGUGUAUUUGUGUGUGUGUCUUAGAAUGUAGGUCCCUUUCUGGGCACAAAGGCCAUAUCUGUGUUGCAUUCUGGUAA